UCAAGGCACAUGAAGCCAGAAACUCUCCGCAUCGCUCCAAACUAACUUCACUGUGAUUUAUUAUUCAAGUCAUUCUUUAAGCAGAUGUUCUUUGGUUGUUCCUUAAGCAGACAAAGAAACGAAAUUAAGAUGUUCCUAGCUUAAUUUAAGAACGUUGUCUUAUUUUGUUUUCACAAGCUCGAAACAAUGCUAGUAUUUCUUCCAGCUGUUGCACGCUCAUAACGUCUAUAUGAGUGACGCGUGACUGUUACUCAUGUAUGGGACGCCGUCCACGCGAGUAGUAAAUCCAGAGAGGAUGACACAUAAUAAUCUCACAAAAGUUGGAAACUGAACACGGGAGCAUCUUCUGUUGAUUAGGACAAUACAGUACUUCAAGCCAAACAUCGGGGACGCAUUGUUCAGUUAGCAGUAAAACACAGGAAUACUCACUAAUGCGCACGAGCCGGGAAAACUGCUUAUCUGAAACUUCUCAUCACAGUGGGAUAUUGUUGGAAACGGAGUACGUACAUUGGCUACGUUUCUUUUGAUGUCUCCGAUCAGCACACCUGUAAAGGUUUCUACUUCCUGUGAUAUAAUCACACCAUGCCUGAGGGGGCGGGCCGUGACAGCCAGAAAAAAAACUGCAACCAAGUUGCCAAGCGCCCCUCCUCUGUGUCUUCACUGAGUGGGAUCAUGAGCCGCAUGGCCUCCUCAGGGGGUGCGUCCCGCGGGAGCUGCACCUCUGUAAACACAGUGUGCUCCGACAGUGACCGUGGUGCCAGUCUCAGCUCCUCUGCCUCCUCUGCCUCACUGCAGGAUGGACACUCUUCCUCCUCCUCCUUAUCACUCCCCUACGGAGUGGUGCCGACCUACCCCAGGCCACAGCGGAAUGGCUCCGACAUUAGCCUGGACCUCACCCCUCUCUUGGGAGCUGGGCCCACCUCAACAACUCCACUGCCCAAACUCUCUCGCCUAGAGAGGGUGGCGCUGGAGAUAGUGGAGACUGAGCAGGCCUAUGUGAGGGACCUGAAGAGCAUUGUGGAGGACUAUCUUGGCUGCAUUAUUGACUGUGGCGACUUGCCUCUCAAACCCGAGGAAGUCAGUACGCUCUUCUGCAACAUCGAGGACAUCUACGAGUUUAACAGUGAGCUUUUGGAAGAUCUGGAACGAAGUCCACAUGUGGCCGCCAUAGCUGAGUGCUUUGUGGAGAGAAGUGAAGCUUUUGACAUUUACACCAUAUACUGCAUGAAUUACCCCAACUCUGUCGCCGUCCUGCGGGACUGCAUGAAGAAUGAGAGCUUGGUGCGCUUCUUCCAGGAGAGGCAGGCCACCCUGUGCCACUCAUUGCCACUGGAGACCUACCUACUUAAACCUGUGCAAAGGAUUCUUAAAUACCACCUCCUUCUGCAGGAGCUGUCCAAACACUUUGAUAAAAGCGAUCCAGGGUAUGAGGUGGUGGAGGAUGCCAUUAUCACUAUGACAGCAGUUGCCUGGUACAUUAAUGAUAUGAAGAGGAAACAAGAGCAUGCGGUCAGACUGCAGGAGAUUGAGACCCUGUUGCUGAACUGGACUGGUCCUGAUCUAAAUGGUUUUGGAGAGCUGGUUCUUGAAGGUUCCUUCCGGGUUCAGCGUGUAAAAAAGGAAAGAGCAUUCUUUCUUUUUGACAAAAUGUUGCUCAUUUCCAAAAAGAGGCUGGAUCAUUUCAUAUACAGCACUCACAUCUUUUGCUGUAAUCUGCUCCUAGUGGAAAACAUGAAGGAUCCUCUCUGUUUUAAAGUGUCAGACCAGACAAUCCCAAAACAUCAACACAUUGUUCAGACUAAAAACCAGGAGGAGAAGCGGUUGUGGCUACACUACCUCAAGAGGAUGAUAGUGGAGAACCAUCCGGCAUCCUUACCCCAAAAAGCAAGGCAGGUUCUUGGUGACAGCUUCUGUCAGUCCCCACAGUUUGAUCAAGAGCCAAUAAGGAAGCCAAUGCCUUCUCCACGACUGGAUGAUGUUUAUAACUAUCACAGAGGAAGAAGGCAAUCAGAACCGCCAGAGUUCAUUUACACCCCCGAGAAAGCCAGAAAAAGCCUUCCACUUCUCCUAGAGGGUAAUCUCUCAUACAAGCGUGGUAGGAGGCAGUCUGCCCCUGCCAAAGAUAUAGAAGCUGCAUUUAAGCAAAGUGGUGAGUAUAAACUUCUGUUAGUUCUUUUUAUCAGUUUGUUGUGUAAUGUUAUUGUUCAUUGGUCAAUGAUGAUACUGCUUUGAGGAUAAAUGUGAAACUAAAAUACAUU